UUUAAUAUUUGCAGAAUGAAGAGGAAUAAUUUAUCUGUUGUGAAUAAAAUUGGCCAAUCUUCACCAGCAGUGAAACAGCCAAAACUUGGGUUCUACUCUUCUCUCAAUCAGAUUCAUAUGUACCCUGUUCUUCUAGACUGGGGGAGUUUGCCUCACCAUGUAGUAUUACGCAUUUUUCAGUAUCUUCCUUUAAUAGAUCGGGCCCGAGCAUCUUCUGUAUGUAGGAGAUGGAAUGAAGUUUUUCAUAUUCCUGACCUUUGGAGAAAGUUUGAAUUUGAACUGAACCAGCCAGCUACUUCGUAUUUUAAGUCCACUCAUCCUGAUCUCAUUCAGCAGAUCAUUAAAAAGCAUGCUGCCCAUCUCCAGUAUGUCAGCUUUAAGGUUGAUAGUAGUACGGAAUCAGCAGAAGCUGCCUGUGAUAUACUUUCUCAGCUGGUGAAUUGUUCUAUCCAGACCUUGGGCUUAAUUUCAACAGCCAAGCCAAGUUUUAUGAAUAUGUCACAGUCUCAUUUUGUGUCAGCACUUACAGUUGUUUUUGUCAACUCAAAAUCAUUAUCAUCAAUUAAAAUUGAAGACACACCAAUGGAUGAUCCUUCACUGAAGAUUCUUGUAGCCAAUAAUAGUGAUACUUUAAGACUACUAAAAAUGAGUAGCUGUCCUCAUGUUUCAUCUGAUGGGAUCCUUUGUGUAGCUGAUUAUUGUCAAGGCCUUAGAGAACUGGCAUUGAAUUAUUACAUGCUAAGUGAUGAACUUCUCCUGGCACUUUCAAGUGAGACUCAUGUUAACCUUGAACAUCUCCGAAUUGAUGUUGUGAGUGAAAAUCCUGGACAAAUCGAAUUUCAUUCUAUUAAGAAACAAAGUUGGGAUGCACUUACUAAACACUCCCCUGGAGUUAAUGUUGUUAUGUACUUCUUUUUAUAUGAAGAGGAAUUUGAGACAUUCUUCAAAGAAGAAACCCCUGUUACUCACCUUUAUUUUGGUCGUUCAGUAAGCAAAACAGUUCUAGGACGGAUAGGUCUUAACUGUUCACGACUAAUUGAGUUAGUGGUAUGUGCCAAUGGUCUUCAGACUCUUGAUGAUGAACUUAUUUGUAUUGCUAAACACUGUAAAAACUUAACAGCCUUGGGCCUCAGUGAAUGUGAAGUUAGCUGUAGUGCAUUCAUUGAGUUCGUAAGACUAUGUGGGAGAAGGCUAACCCAGCUCUCUAUAAUGGAGGAAGUUUUGAUCCCUGAUGAUAAUUAUAGCCUGGAUGAAAUUCACACUGAAGUCUCCAAAUACCUGGGAAGAAUAUGGUUCCCUGAUGUCAUGCCUAUCUGGUAAUCGCCUACCAAAGUUAGCCUUUUUUUUAAAUCAAUAAGAUUAGCUUCUUUCAGUCUAUGCAAAUGUAAAUAUUAAGAUGCAUUGCUGAAAUAUUUUAGGUAAAAUAUUUUCCCCUUUGCAAACUGUCCUAAUGGGUUACAGCAGAAACAUGAAAAAAUACAAGAAAUUCAAA